AUUCGAAUCAAUCACUCAUAAGUUCAAACCCAAAGUCACAACAUCAAUUCCAAAACACCAUCAUCAUGCACUUUCCUACUAUUUUCGCUGGCGUCGCUGCCUUCUCCUCAGCCGUCAUGGCUGCUCCUCCCAAGCAGAAGCCUUACGUUGGAGUCGCCAUCAUGACUGUCAACGCACCCAUCAGCGGUGAACAGAGCACUCUUCCCCAGAACGUCCCACUUGGCGUCCUCACCCACCAGGACGGUGUCCAAGUCACCGAGCUGCAGAUCGCCAACGUUUUCUCGACUGUUAAGGGUGUCAAGGCCCCUGCCGAGGAUCAGGUUGUUUGUCAGAUGUACAAGGACCAGUAUGCCACUCUUCCCGGCAGCGCGGAGUUUACUGUCAAGAAGGACGCAAAGAUCAGCACAAACUCAGUUCCACUCGGCUGGAUCCUUUGCCGUGUCAAGGCUUCUUCUUAAAUUGGAGGAACGUUGUGACAUAUGAUGAAUAUGGAAGGUUGCUUCGAUGGAUGGAUAAGGUGGAUGAAAGGCUUCUAGGGCCGGGUUUUCCCCAAAUGUUCACUUCGACCAUUCAGGCUAUACAAGCAUUAAUGUACAUACAAUAACACACAUUUAUUCUCGUGGACAAAA